AUGGAGACUGCUGCUUACAAUAUAAAUGGAAAGAUAUGGAUCUUUGUGGAAGCAGGGUUACAAAUGGAGGUUUUGAAGGAAACUGAUCAAAUGUUGUCUUUCAAACUAUCUUCUUUGGAUGGAGCUCAGGACGUUAUUAUGACUGUGACUUAUGCUAGUACAGAUAGAGGGACCAGAAUUGCCUUAUGGGAGGAUUUGUGUGAUAUUUCCACACAUAUGCACCUACCAUGGCUUGUGGGUGGAGAUUUCAAUGUGAUUACAGAGGCUGCUGAGAAAUAUGGAGGGCUUCCAGUUCAGUUUGCAGAGGCUGAAGAUUUCAGACACUGUAUUGAUUCAAGUAAGUUGGUGGAUCUUGGAUUUACAGGGAGCAUGUAUACUUGGUGGAAUGGGAGAUCAGAUGAGGCCUGCAUUUUCAAAAGGCUUGAUAGGUGCCUAGGGAAUCAAGCUUUGCAGAAUACAUAUCCCAAUUUGGAAGUGGAACACCUGAUUAAGCAGGGUUCAGACCAUUCUCCUUUACUGAUAAGUCUUAAGCAGGACAGUAGACCUAUCAAGAAAUCUUUCAGGUUCUUGAAUUUCUGGGUGGAGCAUGAGACCUUUCAGGAAGUGGUUAAAAAUAAUUGGAUAGCAAAUUUCAGUGCUGAUCCAUUUUUUAACUUUCACAAUAAAUUAAAAAAAGGCGUGCAGUGGUUUAAAGAUGGAGACAGAAAUACCAAUUUUUUCCAUGCUCAUGUUAAUGGAAAAAGGAGAAGGCUACAAUUAAAAAGGAUACAGGAUAGUGGUGGUGUUUGGUUGGAAACAAAAGAUGACAUUGCAGAGGAGGCAAUCAGAUUCUUUACAAAUCAGUUCCAGAGAGGAAAUAUACCUACUGACUUUGAAAUGUUGAAGCACAUACCCAGGAUGAUUAGUGAUGAACAAAAGGCAGAACUGCAUGAAUUCCAGAAGAAGAAGAGGUGA